ACCUCACUUCUGAAGAACAUAGUGGGCCCUGACUAUGAUUCAACACUGAGACCCGGUUAUUAUGAAGGUAAGUGGCCCUGACGAGACAAGUGUAGUGACGUUUGACACACCUGGUUACUUUUGACAAUAAAAGGCCUGUUUACGUGGAAGAGGGAGACCCCAGAUAGGUUACUUAAGGCGGGUCACCCCACGUAUCAUGUAGACGUGAUCAAACUAUAAUGAGAGAUUAUAUGGACAGGCAGGUAACCUCACCUACCUGGAGUCCCACGAACACCUUCAUGUAAACAGGCCCUAAGGGUAGAAUUUCUUUUUCUUCAAUGUUGAAUUCAAACUUUUUAUAACGAAAUCCUCUUUAACGAACCAUGUUCUUCGCCACAGUUUAUCCGUUUAGACAGCUAUUAAUGCGACAGGCCGCCUUAGAUUCAAACUUAAAACACGUCUUACAACAGAACAUUCAACUCUUGUAAUCGAAUAAGGUAAUUUUUUCUUUUGUGAGUCUGUGAGUGAUUUCUUAUAUUUAGUUUCUUACUCAGAUCAUCAUCAUCAUCAUCAUCAUCAUCAUCAUCAUCAUCAUCAUCAUCGUCGUCGUCGUCAACAUCAUUGUCAUGGUCAAUUUCGAGUCAAUGACAUCAUUAUUGUCUUUAUCAUUGCAUUAAUUACAGCAAAACCAACGAAAACAAACAAACGAACGAAACCAUCAUGAGCUUGAAUCUUAGUAUCAUUUCAUAUUAUAUUUAGGAUCGCCAGUAGAAGUUUUUGUUGAUCUGCACGUGGAAUCUUUUGGAAAUAUAGAAGAGGCUAGCAUGGUAAGAGUGUCGUUUACAUCUGUUAAGCAGGCAUUACAGGGACCACUUUUCCUCGAUGAAAACUGCCUAGGUGUUCUAGGCUAGGCUGCAUUCAAUAAUUGUUAAAUAUUAAUGAAACUUAAUUUAAUAUUGUUGAUUUAUUGAUUAGUUAAAUUUAAUGCUAUCUAUUGAUAAAAAUAACACAUAAGUUUCUUUUUUCUCAUUAGGAAUUCAAGGUGUAUUCUUAUUUCAAGCAGACCUGGUACGAUAAACGUUUGGCAGGAAAAAUAAAUCGUACUGUCAACUUCAAAGCGGCGGACAUCAGAAAUGUAUGGACACCUGAUGCCUAUUGCUACAAUGCAAGGUUAACAAAUUUAAUGUUACCAAACUCUGAGACGCACAGUAAGAUAUCACUUAGUCCUGAAGGAGAACUCGUCUACAGCCGAGGGUAGGUGCACCGUAGUCUAUAAUCACACCAGAUUCAACAGUUAAGCACACACUAUCAUCUCCACGGUUUGGCCAGCACCUUAAGCAUGCGCGCAGCCAUAUCACCUGGGGAGUGGCAGCCAUAUGGCCAGCUGUUCCGUCCUCAUUAGGACUCGUCAGCAUAGCAUGGCCCCACGCGAAAGGUCUCUCUUACAAUAACUGAAUAACCCCCCCCCCCCACCCCGCCCCCUUUUUACUGUCGAGUUGGGGAUUUGCAAAAGCACCCCUUUAUUAAGCCCUUUUAUUGUGUGCAUACUUGCUAAAUUUGCUAUUAAACGCCUGUUAUAACCGGAAAAGUAAAGAGUCAUGUUCGCAGAUGCACUGCAAACGUUUUCUUUUUCUGACUUUCAGGAUUACAUUUACGGCGUCUUGUUUUAUGGAUUUACACAGCUUUCCUCAUGACCGUCAGUCAUGUUAUCUUAAGUUUGGGAGUUGUAAGUAUUUGCCCUUAACUAAACAACGUUACUCAUUCCACUCUUCUACCAUUCCUACCUAACAAGUUAUAUUUUCGACCAGGACAUUAUAUAACAAUUGGACGAUCCAUUUUCAGUUAACUAAAAGACCUUUGUUACCACUGUCUAAAUGUGGUCCAAAAGUGUCCGGUUAAGACAUCCUUUAAAGGGAAAUGAGCUCUCGGGGAAUAAAUUAAACAUCGCCUUGCAAAAGUUACAACCACACUUCUCUUAAAUGUGCAGAUACUUACGACGACAGUGCCGUCAUCUUAAAAUGGUCAGACCAAGAUCUUCAAGUCAGUCAUGAUGACAUGGCUCAGUACGCAUUCCUGGGCGGAAAAUUUUCCUCUGAAUUGGAAAGCUUCUCAGACGGUAUGUGGACGGUAUGGGGAGUCCCCCCCCCCCGCCCCCGGGCGGUCAGAUUAAAAGUUGACCCAGGGGAUUUUUAAAUGCCAUUCACUUUUUUCGUCCAUUAAGACAUAAAAACGAUUAAUCACAACAAGUGUUUGACUAAUCUAUUGCCGUAUUAUUUGUAAUUGUCUACACAAUUAAUGAUGGUGGCCAUUUGAAGACGUCAUAAGUCCUUAGGAGAGCUCACAAAGAGUUCGUCAGAGGAUUUCUAUCAUAAAUAUCACAACAAAAGGCUGUUGCAGCCACUGUACCAUUUGCCAUCACGUCAAGCAGUGGAAUAGAAACAACUUCAGAAUAAGAAAUUUAAAAAAAUCGAAUUUCCAGUCGAAUAUGGGAAAUUAGCAAUCAUCACAAGGUUUGUAUUUCAGAUGUGACGCCAUGCAAAAGUUGUGUGAGUGUGUUUUUGCCUUUCGCCCUAUGUAAGAGAAUCCAAGACAGUCUUGGAUUCUUGAUUCCACGCUGUGGAUUCCGGAUAUUCCAGCUAGGUCUUUGUCAGUGGAACUUUGAAUCCGGACUCUAAUCGUUAGUGGGAUUCCGGAUUCCAAAGCCCAGGAUUCCGGAUUCCAAAAGGAAAAUUUUCCAGAUUCCGGAAUCCGGAAAUCCUUACGUGGGGCUCUCUAAUAAAAUAGAUUGUUUUCCAGAUUUUAGGUUUUCCUCAAAGCCAGCACAUCCAAAUUUCAGUUCGAUCUAGAAACCACUAACAAGUGGAAACAUUUUGUUCGGAGCUCCUAGGCUUUUGUCGCAGAGUGUACUAUGGAUUCCGUGUGGUCGCUUGAAAGCCGGUUGUGACCUUUAUUCAACCGUCACUUUGACAACAAGCAUUUUACAGACCAAUCAAUAGAAAAAGAUAGCUUCAAGUAGCUAGUUGGUCUGAAAUUCAGGCAUUUACAAGAACAUUACAUGGACUUUUAGCAUUGACGCCAUAUUUUUUGGUUGAUUGGUUGUUUUUGUUGCUUUAAUUAUGUUUGUUUAUUUGUUUGAUUUUGUUCUGUCUUCAGUCAACUACACCACAAUAAUAGUGACGUUCUCCUUCCAACGUCGCCUUGGAUUUUAUCUGCUCCAAGUCUAUGUUCCUGAUAUCUUGAUUGUUCUCUUAAGCUGGAUCGUGUUCUGGCUUGUCCCUGAUGACCCCGGGGGUCGUUUAACAAUAGGUGUCACCACAGUAUUAACAAUAAUGUUCCUGUGUGGAGCUGUAAACGUGUCCUUGCCACCGGUUAGUUAUGCCAAAGCAAUGGACUGGUACCUAAUGGUGUCAUUUGCCUUCGUGUUUUUGUCAGUUAUUGAGAGCCUUGUAGUAUUUUUACUGUCUACGAAGCCACUUGGAAAAACCUCGAAAACAAAGGAAACGGUGAGUUUACUGUUCGGGACUGAACAUCAACACGAAUUGAAACCAUCUGCUAGCCAUGUGGUUCAAAACCAGCUAGCCUGUACACAGACGUUGUUUUAUUUUUCUUUUCGUUCUUUUCGAAAACAUCGGCGCCCUUGCACUGAUGGUCAAUAAAUCCCCUGCGGUUUAUAUUUUAUCACCUGCGCUCGACGGACUUUGAGGAGAAAAUGGAGGGUCUGUGAACAGGCUAACACCAGCAACCUAUAUGAAACCUAUAUAUAUUAUUAAAGUGAGCAAAUUGGGUAUUUCUGGAUUAAUAAAAUGACUGAUACACACCUCCAUAGUUCAUAAUUAUUUGACAAUUUUUUUGCUAGAUUAAUGAAUAAACAUGAGCGUUUAUCAAGUUUAAAGCAUGAGGCUCAGUUGAGUGUUUUAGGAUGGACAAAAUGAGAAAUAAAGUUUAUUAAAUGACCAUGUUUUUUUAAACAAGUGUCAUCACCUGGAUGAGUGAGGUAAAAAUUAACCAAGGUAAACUACAAAAGGCAGCCACACUUUGGAAAUACUUAAAGAAUGCAUGCUGUAGUAGCAAUGGUGUUAACUCAGCAGGAUUUCUUGUUUUGCAGAGUAGCCAUUCUUUACAAUCGAAGAUACUUUCGUCACUCAAAGCUCGCCAAGGAACCCUAAGAAAAAGUACAACAAACAAAGUGACGGAUGUCGAGGGUCAGUUGCUGGAGAUGAACAUCGUAGUUAAGGACCAAACACUUCCCAUGUCGUUAGAGGAUAUAAGGAUCACCGGGGACAGACAAUGUUAUGAAGCAGUCAUGCGUAGGAACAAAAAGAUUGCCCACCGCAUUGAUAGAAUAUUUCGGAUAUUGUUCCCUAUCGCCUUUACGAGUUACACACUUGGUUACUGGCUGAGCUAUUCGUAG